AUGCUGACCUGGCUCAGAAAUACCAACCCCGAUGUUUGGUCGGUGAAGCUCCUCGGAUCAUGGGAUAAUUUCUUGAAACCGUAUGCGAUGGAAAGGGACAGACGCGCUGGACCGGGCCAUUGGAAGGGAUGUCAUACUUUUACGGAUAUCAUGGGCGACGGGCCUGACAAAAAUCAAUGGCGCACGGGUGGAUUGAAGAUGGGGGCCACCUACUGGUAUUAUUACUUGUUGAAUGAUGACGUGGAGUCUUAUAGCGAGGUUGAGCCUGUCACCACUAAAUGUCCUCUUCUGCCGGGACAACCUCUUAAUGUUUUGAAUGUGCCCAUCAUCUUACCGGAUAGUCAUUCCCAUGGUCGCUCCGCUAGUAGCAGCUCCCAGAAGGAAGACUACCGCACAAUGAACCCCGAAGACAAAUACAUGAACCCGCGCAAGCCUCCCAAGCCGAACCUGGCCCGCUUGCAAACUUCUAUCCCGAACCCCAGUCAAUCUUCUUUAAAUCCCCCCAGUGUCUCGCCAUCUGGAAGCUUCCUCCAUCGAAGUGUCUCUCAGCCCAACAGUGCCACCCGGAGAAACGAAAAGUCGAAAGAGGGACGUUCGGUGUCUCCCCCACGAGGUCUUGGUUUACGCCAUGCUUUGACUCAAAAGCGACCGGGGCCAUCUCCGAGGGCGCAGGCGUUCAAUGAAAGCUUGCGCCAAAAGGCUCCUGUUAACGAGCGCCGCAAUGUUCCUGGUAUCUGCGUCAAUUCUGGCGCCGUGUCUCCUUCAACAGGCCACUCGGAUCCCUCUGCUCCGUCAAGCCUUCAGACCCGUCGUGCACUCAAGGCGAAGGCAGGUAAUGCUCCCCAAGCUCGAAAUCUUCUCACUGUGGAGACGCGUCCACAAAAUCGGAAACUUGGCGCUUCCAAAGCUGCUGCAUCUAGCUCUGGCUCUGAGGGUGUGCAAGCGAAGCAUGCCAGAAGCGGCUCCGACGAUAUGACACCUACUGGGCCGGAUGUCAGUGAGAAGAGACUGCCUUCCCUCCCCAAUACACCUUCUUCCGUUAUGGACGAAGCGGUACGCGCCAUCGAUGAACGGGACAAAGCAUUGGAUGCAGCAGUGCUGCACAGUCACUUUUCCAGUAUGACUGCGGACGAUUUCACCAAUUCCCGCUUCGUGGCCGAAUACAGCCGAUUUUCGGAAUGGAGCACGGACACAGAGACCGAGGAUAGCUCACGCGAGUCAAUAAUCUCCAAUACAACAAUCCCGAUCGAGUCUCAUGGGGAUUCACAUGGGUCUCAAACCCCAGAAGAAUGGGGAACCCCCGACCUCACGUCCAACGACAACGCAACCAAUACCGAUCCCAACACUCCUCACCUCACUGUACAUUCCAAGCCCUCGUCCCCCAACUCGGCGUCGGGCGAAAUUCCACCAUGGCUGCCACAGCUCACAGUCUCUCUUUCCUCACCUCAUCUCUCCGGCUCUGGUCUUGGAAUCGACCAAAUGGAUGAGAUCGAAAGCAACCCGAAACGCCACGCUGCACUUUUCAGUGCGCUGGAAUCCAUGCAAGCGCUUUCUCUCGCGCAAAGUCGUGAAGGAUCACCAAUUCUUCUGUCCGAGAAUGACCGACGCGAUUCCGGAACAUUUUCUCGGCGUAGCGAUGCCUCCUCGUUCCGUGGCAAGGCGACUAUGCAGGAGAUGAUGGACGAACUCAGUUACCUGAAGAACAUUAUCCAGGCUGAGAUGGAUGGAGAACCAUUCUGA